AUUUUAAACCUCAAAAUGAAAUCACCAGUCAGCAUAGAAUCCUUAGAAACAAACAUUCCAAAAUCUAAAGCAGGUUUCUUGAGUGACAUAUGCUUUAUCAAAGCUGUAUGCUCUGUAGAAAACACUACCUAUGAUUUAGCUCUCAUUGUAAAACUUACUCCUCAGGAUGAUGAGAUUGUUUCUUUUAUGAAGAGAGGAAAUUUAGGGGAAAGAGAAGUAGCCUUUUAUAAACAUGCUGGCUCAGAAGAAUUCCUAAAAUUUUGCCAUGCGAGUGGUUUAAACCAUCCGGUACCAGAAGUUUAUUGGUCAGCUCUGAAAGACAGCUCAUUAACCCUUGUACUGGGUGACCUAAAUGCAAAAGGUUAUAGGAUGCAUUUGCUUCAUGAAGGAAAUAAACUCCAGCAAAUCAAAUGUACAUUUAAGGCUAUUGCCGUUAUUCACGCUUUUGGAUGUAAAGCUAUUAGUAAACAUGGGAAAGAAUACUUUCACAUACCAUUUGACUCAGGCUACUUAAAUGAUUUAGUUUGUCUUGGUCUUAAGAUGCUAAUUGACAUGGUUAAAGAAAGUCCUCUUGCUGAGACUUUCACCUCAUUUAUAUCUAUGAACGAAGAUAUGAUUUCCACUUCUGAUAAAUACCCUUUGAUAGAGACUUUGGUACAUGGGGACUUAUGGGCUGGUAAUGUCAUGUUCACAGAGGAUGAUAAAGAUGCAUCUAUUUUUGAUUGGCAGUUUGCCUGUGUAGACAACCCAUUAUGUGAUAUUACCUCCAUGCUUUUAAUGAGUGCUGAGCCAUCAGUGUAUGAAAAUAACUUGAAUGAAGUUUUAGAAUGCUAUUGGGAAAGCUUCACCAAUGCCCUGAUUAAGAAUAAUGUUGAAAUACCAAUCACUUUUGAAAGUUUAAUUAUCAAUUUAGAAAAGCUGUGGAUGCAUGGUUUCAUGUUUUUCACAGCUAGCCUUCCAGAUUUGAUGGGGAAUGGGAAAAUUACAGAAGCAAGGGUACAAAAGGUAAUAUCAUUUCUGGAUAGAAUUGGCGUUUUUUCAACAUUUAUGACGGAUCAUAAGGGAUUGAACCAGUAAUAAUGAAAAUCUGCCAGCAUGUUUUCAUUACUGUGUGAUCAUACCUAUGAGUGGUGCUAUAUUUCUGGUUAGUGAUUAAGAAAGCACUUGAUUAUUUACAUUAAAACUUCAUAUCAGUAUGCUCCAUAGUCCAUAGUUAAACUCCUAUAAACAGUUGAAAAAUUUGCAUGUAUGGAGUUGCUUGUUUUACUAUACAGUGCAUUGCCACAAAAUUGCAAACACAUACCUGUAGCUAUACUCUGUUUUUUUCCAUCUGUCCAAUCGCCUGUGGUGUUAGCGCAUGGUAACACUGAGUCCCAGGCUUUAAAUAAUAUCCUAUUUAGAAUAUUAACGGUGUAAUUCGCAUACAUUAAAUUAUUAAAACACUUUUCAGUUGCAAAUGUACACCCAGAUAUCCUUUUAUUUACCUAAAACUUACACAUAGCGUAACUAUUUAAAGCCCGGGACACAGUGUUACCAUGCAAAAACACCACAGGCGGAUGGACAGAUGGAAUAAAACAGAGUAUAGUUUUGUACGCAAAGGCCAGAAGGAUUGGUAAUCAAAUACAUGUAAUCUAGCCCAAGCCUGUGGAAAGUGAAAAAUGAGGAGAAAGUAGCAAGGGCGGGAAUUAACCACAAGGGAAGCACUCAGUCUACAUCUUAAAGGAUAAGAGGUUAUUUAUUAGUAAGAAAAAUCAAAAGCUAGAAAGGAGAUUCAAAGUAGCAAAACCAGGUCACUGAAUCACGAAAGCUGAAGAUUAUUAUCUACAUAUCUGAACGUCCAGGAUGAUAAUGAGUAGACCAUCCAGAAAUUAAGUAACUGCCUAUUAAUGUCGUAAAUCCAGUGAUCAAAAGCACAAAUAUUCAAUCAGUCACUUUACCAAUAAUAAAAAAAAUUAUUUUAUGUUCUGUCUAUGUAUGUUUUUUCUCUUGACAAGAAAUUUUCUGCUUGCUCAUACAUACUGGUAGUAAACAUUUAUAUCUGAA